UCUAUGUUUGACAUACGUGGUGUUUCUGAAAAUGUACUAAAAGAUUUAUCAAUAGCUGUGUCCUUUAUUUAUCCACCACAAUGUAUUGUAUAUAAUGAUAUACAAAAGUUAUACUAAAUUGUAUUAAAUACAUUUUAAGCUUUAAAUUAAGAAUUAUUUACCCUCAUGAAUCAUUUCAUUUGGCCACCAUUGUGUUUCAUGAAAAUAGCUAUUGCUUCUUGUUCUUAAACCACAUAGGCCCCUUGACAUUUUGGCCACAUAAUAAGCUCCCUAAUUUGAAUGUCAUGCAAAGAGUAAAGUUAAAGUGAAACUGAAGGUUAUAGCUGUCAUUAACCUUUCUGAAUGACAAGACAGGCUCAUACUAUAUUUUAUUUCCAUAACAUGAAUAAGCUUAAAAUGUUAUGAGGAGUUUUCUUAUUUAUCUGUCUUCUAAUGUGCCUGUAUCUCUUUUACAGCACUAUUCAAUACAGCCCAAACUCUCCCAACCACAAAUCCAGACUACAGCACAACAAUUCUCCUUUUUCCCUUUAAUUAUUCUAGCACUGUUGGCCAAGCUGAUACUACUCUCUCCGGUGUGACACCUGCUGUAUCUCACAGUCCACAGUCUACUGGGACUCAACCAUCAGCAACAACCAUCAACAUCUCCCAUCCUAACCCAACUUCUCCAUCCAGCACUCCUGUUUCUCCCACAGCUAUCUUCACUCUUGCCACAACUACUCCCAAUAACACUCUACUUCCCCCUACCAAUACCACAACCCCUCAAUCAAGUACGCUUACUAUGACUACAGCUCCCUCCUCUCCUGCCACAAGAUCAAGUACUGCAGUUACUACUGAAGCUACUGUCUCCUAUAAUACAACUCCUCCAUCAACUUCUCCCAAUACCACUCUAUUUCCCCCUACCAAUACCACAACCCCUCAAUCAAGUACGCUUACUAGGACUACAGCUCUCUCUACUCCUAACACAACAUCAAGUACAGCAGUUACUAUUGAGGCUACUGUCAAUUAUACUACAACUCCUCCAUCAACUACUCCCAAUAACACUCUACUUCCCCCUACCAAUACCACAACCCCUCAAUCAAGUACGCUUACUAUGACUACAGCUCUCUCUACUCCUGCAACAACAUCAAGUACUGCAGUUACUCCUGAAGCUACUGUCAAUUAUACUACAACUCCUCCAUCAACUACUCCCAAUACCACUCUACUUCCCCCUACCAAUACCACAACCCCUCAAUCAAGUACGCUUACUAUGACUACAGCUCUCUCUACUCCCGCCACAACAUCAAGUACUGCAGUUACUCCUGAAGCUACUGUCAAUUAUACUACAACUCCUCCAUCAACUACUCCCAAUACCACUCUACUUCCCCCUACCAAUACCUCAACCCCUCAAUCAAGUACGCUUACUAUGACUACAGCUCUCUCUACUCCUGCGACAACAUCAAGUACUGCAGUUACUCCUGAAGCUACUGUCAAUUAUACUACAACUCCUCCAUCAACUACUCCCAAUACCACUCUACUUCCCCCUACCAAUACCACAACCCCUCAAUCAAGUACGCUUACUAGGACUACAGCUCUCUCUACUCCUGCCACAACAUCAAGUACUGCAGUUACUCCUGAAGCUACUGUCAAUUAUACUACAACUCCUCCAUCAACUACUCCCAAUACCACUCUACUUCCCCCUACCAAUACCUCAACCCCUCAAUCAAGUACGCUUACUAUGACUACAGCUCUCUCUACUCCUGCGACAACAUCAAGUACUGCAGUUACUCCUGAAGCUACUGUCAAUUAUACUACAACUCCUCCAUCAACUACUCCCAAUACCACUCUACUUCCCCCUACCAAUACCUCAACCCCUCAAUCAAGUACGCUUACUAUGACUACAGCUCUCUCCUCUCCUGCCACAACAUCAAUUACUGCAGUUACUACUGAAGCUACUGUCAAUUAUACUACAACUCCUCCAUCAACUACUCCCAAUACCACUCUACUUCCCCCUACCAAUACCUCAACCCCUCAAUCAAGUACGCUUACUAUGACUACAGCUCUCUCUACUCCUGCGACAACAUCAAGUACUGCAGUUACUCCUGAAGCUACUGUCAAUUAUACUACAACUCCUCCAUCAACUACUCCCAAUACCACUCUACUUCCCCCUACCAAUACCUCAACCCCUCAAUCAAGUACGCUUACUAUGACUACAGCUCUCUCCUCUCCUGCCACAACAUCAAUUACUGCAGUUACUACUGAAGCUACUGUCAAUUAUACUACAACUCCUCCAUCAACUACUCCCAAUACCACUCUACUUCCCCCUACCAAUACCACAACCCCUCAAUCAAGUACGCUUACUAUGACUACAGCUCUCUCCUCUCCUGCCACAACAUCAAGUAUAGCAGUUACUACUGAAGCUACUGUCUCUUAUACUACAACUCCUCCAUCAACUUCUCCCUAUACCACUCUACUUCCCCCUACCAAUACCACAACCCCUCAAUCAAGUACGCUUACUAUGACUACAGCUCUCUCUACUCCUGCCACAACAUCAAGUAAUGUAGUUACUCCUGAAGCUACUGUCAAUUAUACUACAACUCCUCCAUCAACUACUCCCUAUACCACUUUACUUCCCCCUACCAUUACCACAACCCCUCAAGUCCCACUAAAAUGCUUCAACGGUGGCAUGGUGCAAGAUGGAGUCUGCAUCUGUCCAGAUGAGUGGAGUGGUGACACCUGCUCUAUUGCUAACUUCUGUAAUAAGACUCAACUGGAAGAUUUCGAGUUCCCACAAACUGUAGUUGGCUGGUUCGCUUACUCUUCACAGAUGUGUCCACCUCGUACAACCAACGCUGGUAUUUCCAGAGCCUCAGCCAGGUGCUCGUACAACAAUGGAAACCCAAAAUUUGACUCCAUUGAAAAAAUUGAAUGUGAAUUAACCCUUGAGAAUAUUCAAGCCAAUGUCACGGUUUCACUUGGGGCAGUGGAAGCACAGCAGCUAGCAAGCAGUACACAGAUCCUUACUUCAAGACCAGAGCAGCUGACGGCCUCAAACAUCACUUCCGCAGCGCAGAUAGUAAAUACCAUCCUGUCCAACAGCAUCAACAUUACAGAGGGGAUAGCUGAGGCUGCUGUGACAACAAUUAGUCAGUUACUGGCUGCUGAUCCUCAACAGUUCUCUGAGCAAAGCAAUGCCACCGUAGGUCUAACAGGAACCUUGGAAAGGUUUUCAGUAAGUCAGAGUCAUAAUGCAUCAUUGGUGGUUCAGCCCAGACUGGUGGUUCAGUCUACUCAGGUGCGAAGUGACCAGACAGCAGGCAUCCAAUUCAGUGCACUCUCUGGCACAUCAAAUAACUUUACAACAAACAGAAUACAACUGGAAAAGAACAUCUCAGAAAUUGGAAAUCCUCAAAUUCCCUCUGAUGUCCAGAUUUUCAUCAGACUUCCCCCAGAGCGGAGUCAAAAUGUUAGCGUUGGUUUUGUGCUCUAUGAGAACGACCUCCUCUUCAGGUCAAAAGCCUUCCAGCCCUCACUUGGCACUAGGAGGAUGGUGAUCUCUGGAAGUCUAGGAAAUGUCAAAGCCGAGCAAGUGAACUUACGGUUCACACCCAUGAAUGUGUCUAACAAAGUCCUGCAUGACUUUGCCUGUGUGUCCUGGGACUACAGCCUAAAUGACUGGAGCACCCAAGGCUGCUCCAAAGUGAACCUUUCAACUGGGGGUCUCCAGUGUCGCUGUAACCACACUACUAACUUCGCUGUGCUGAUGUCUUUUAGGGCAGAUCCGAAGUAUGCUGAGGCACUGAGUUUAAUCAGCAUUGUGGGGUGCUCUUUGUCUAUCGUGGGACUGAUAUUGACUAUAAUAUUCCAAAUUAUUACCAGAAAUUCCAGAAAGAGUGCUCCCACAAUCCUCCUGGUCAGCAUCUGUGUGUGUAUGACCAUCUUUUACUUCCUCUUCCUGUUUGGAAUGAAUAACCCCAACGCCAGUUUAGACCGGGACAUCAGAGCGUCAGUGGAAAACACCAUCCCGUCCUCUGACCUCCACCAGGAGCCUGACAAAGGGCCCUGCACUGCACUCACUGCCCUGAUGCAGUACUUCCUGUUAGCCACCUUCACCUGGAACACACUCUACGCUGGGCACAUAUUCGUACUCAUCAGAAAAACCCUCUCAGGUCCACCUAGAGGAUUCCUGGCGGUGUCCAUAGCUAUAGGCUGGGGAUUCCCUGCUGUUGUGGUUGCAAUCACACUAGGAGUGACUUACAGAGUGGAUGAUCCUUUGGGCUAUCGACGAGAAGAGUUCUGUUGGCUUGCGGCUCUGAACCAAGAUGAGGAGUUUGACUUUGGAAAGCCAUUUUUUUGGGGCUUUUUGCUUCCAGUAGCUAUUAUGCUGCUUUUGAAUGCUGCCGUGUUAAUAUACUUUGGAAUUUCUACAUGCAAGAAGGAUCCCCUGUUAAGCAGCACAAGCAGCACCUCACUGAAGAAGUUGUUCAUGAGCAGCUUCUCUCUGGGGGCUCUCCUCGGCCUUACUUGGGUUCUGGGCUACCUGGUAAUCUCUACCACUGACCCAACACUGAGCAACAUCUUCAGCAUAUUAUUCUGUGUGUGUAACACCACCCAGGGCUUACAGAUCUUCAUUUUGUUUACGGUGAGGACAGCGAACUUCAGGAAGAUGUUCCUGUCCAUCACACAUUCAGUAUCCGUUCCUGAGAUUGGUCUCCACAGACAGAUGUACGUCCUGCAGGACCUCAAGAAAGGCUCACAUGAGCUGUCAAGAAGUGCAGACACAGUCCAGUCUGACGGAACUUUCUCACAGACCAUUUCAUACGUUUAGUCUUCACAACUGUGAAGAGUUUAAAAGACUUUGUGCGCCAACACCAGACUAAGGCUGAUCAGAUGGCAUCUCACUCAUCAUUAAACUCCUCAUGAUGCAUACUGCCUCCAUAAUCAUCAGCCUUUCCACUCCCAGCCAAUCAGACAUGAAUGACAGACACCACACGUCUGGAGCAAAUAAUAGCAAAUGACUGAUCAUCCCCGGGUUCGAAUUACGCUGAGGCCUGGGAUGGCCCUUAGUUCUGGCCAGGGCAUCCUUAGU